GACGCUUCAGACUUUUGGACUGUCUUCUUCGACUAACAUCUCGGCUUCGUGAGCGAGAAAAACGUCCUGUAACUCCCCCCAAUAGAAGAAGAGAAGACAUAGUGAAGAAACCCUAUCCCCUUCCUUUCCUUCGCCAUCCUCGACUCCCCAUGCGCGGAGAAUCAUAAACCCUACUCCUUCCUUUCUAGGGUUUCGAAGGGACGAAGAUGGCGCCCAUCCUUAACUACGAGCAGCACGCACAGCGACUCAUCGAGCCCGAUUUGCCAUUGCAGGUGCGGCUGCAGAUGGUGAUGGAGGUGAGGGAUAGCCUUGAGAUCGCACACACCUCGGAGUACCUGAACUUCCUCAGGUGCUACUUCCGUGCCUUCUCGGUGAUCCUGACACAGCUGACGUCGCCGCAGACCACCGAGAGCGUAGAACACAAGCUUCGCUACGUGGUGGUCGAGAUCCUCAACCGCCUUCCUCACAGCGAGGUACUCCGUCCCUUCGUCCAGGACCUUCUUAAGUUAUCUCUGGCUGUGCUCACUAACGAUAACGAGGACAACGGCUUCAUUUCUGUUCGCAUCAUCUUCGACCUACUUCGUAACUUCCGCCCCACCGUCGAGGCUGAGGUCCAGCCAUUCCUCGACUUUGUCUUGUCCAUCUACCACAACUUCCCAGCCACCGUCGCUCACAUUUUCAACUCGAACAACAAUGCCAACCCUUCUUCCUCGGGGUCUUCUGUCACCUCCCCUUCCCCGCUACCGCUUCCACCUUCCCAUUUAUUGGGAAGCAGGGGGGAUGAUGGCGGUGGACUCGAUGCACCUUCUGGGAAUGGUGGCAUUGGUGGCGUAGUAGUGCCCUACGCAGGGGCCGGGCAGUUGAACCCUAGCACAAGAUCAUUCAAGAUUGUCACGGAGAGUCCCCUGACAGUGAUGUUUCUGUUCCAGCUUUACCCCAAGCUUGUGCAAACGAAUGUUCCUUACCUUUUACCACUUUUGGUUUCUGCCAUCGCCAUCACUGGGCCAGAGAAGGUCUCCAAUAAUCAGAAGCCUCAGUUUGUUGAACUAAAGGGAGCACAAGUCAAGACUCUGUCAUUCCUAACUUACCUGUUGAAGACACAUGCUGAUUAUAUAAGGCCACAUGAGGAGAAUAUUUGCAAGAGUAUAGUGAAUUUGCUCGUGACUUGUCCAGAUUCUGUCUCCAUUAGAAAGGAAAUGUUGAUUGCUUUAAAGCAUGUUCUCAGCUCUGAUAUAAGAAGAGGACUUUUCCCUUUGAUUGACACACUUUUAGAUGAAAGAGUUUUAAUUGGGACUGGACGGGUUUGUAUUGAGACACUGAGACCAUUAGCUUAUAGCCUUCUUGCAGAAAUGGUGCACUAUGUUCGAGGGGAGCUUUCUCUUGCUCAGUUGUCACGGAUUAUCUAUUUGUUCUCAAGAAAUAUGCAUGACUCAUCUUUAACCAUUGUCAUUCACACAACCUGUGCUCGUUUGAUGCUUAAUCUGGUGGAGCCAAUAUAUGACAAAGGAGUUGACCUCCAGAGCAUGGAUGAAGCACGAGCUCUAUUGGGUCGCAUAUUGGACACUUUUGUUGGGAAAUUUGUGACCUUUAAACGCAUUGUACCUCAGCUCUUGGAAGAUGGUGAGGAAGGAAGAGAGUAUUCUUCCUUGAGGUCAAAACUUGAAGUUCCCAUUCAGGCUGUUCUUAAUUUUCAGACUUCAUUGGAAUAUGCCAAAGAAGUCAGUGAUUACAAAAAUUUAAUUAAAACAUUGGUGAUGGGAAUGAAGACUAUAAUUUGGAGCAUCACAAAUGCUCAUAUGCCACGCUCACAGGUUUCUUCAUCAUCACAUGGUGUUCAACAGCAAAUGCAGGCCUCCCCAUCAACUAAUGUGUCCCUUCCUCAAACAUUUAAAGGGAUGCGGGAAGAUGAGGUUAGGAAGGCAACUGGGGUUCUGAAGAGCGGAGUUCACUGUUUGGCACUGUACAAGGAAAAGGAUGAGGAAAGGGAAAUGUUACAGCAUUUCUCACAGAUUCUAGCUAUAAUGGAACCUAGAGACCUCAUGGAUAUAUUUUCCCUAUGCAUGCCAGAACUUUUUGAGUGCAUGAUAACCAACACUCAGUUGCUUCACAUAUUUUCUACGCUCUUGCAAACUCCUAAAGUGCUUCGCCCUUUCAUGGAUGUCUUAAUUCAUUUCCUUGUUGAUAGCAAACUUGAUGCUCUAAAGCAACCAGAUACCCCUGCAGCUAAGCUUGUUUUGCAACCUUCCGUUUUUUUUAUGGCUGCUGCAAAGGCUCCUGCAGAUAGAGAGGUUGAUCUUGGUGUGAAGACAAAAACUCAACUUAUGGCUGAGAAAUCUAUCUUUAAGAUGUUACUUACGACAAUUGUUGCUGCUAGUGCUGAUCCUGAGCUCCAAGAUGAAACAAAUGAAUUUCUCAGUAAUAUUUGUCGUCAUUUUGCGCUGCUUUUUCAUGUGGAAAGCUCUUCAUCCAAUUUGUUUGUGAUGCCGGGGCAGCAUGUUGGUUCCAUGAUAUCAUCAAGCAAUAGCAUGAAUUCCAGAUCAAGAGUCAAUAAUUCCAAUCUCAAGGAGUUGGAUCCUCUAAUCUUUUUGGACGCAUUAGUGGAAGUUCUUGCUAGUGAAAACAGGUUGCAUGCCAAGGCUGCUCUAAAUGCCUUAACUGUGUUUGCUGAAACACUUCUUUUUCUGGCAUGUGCCAAGCAUAAUGGCAUACUAAAUUCAAGAGGUGGUCCUGGUACUCCAAUGAUGGUCUCAAGUCCAUCCUUGAAUCCUGUGUAUUCACCACCUCCAAGUGUUCGAAUACCUGUGUUUGAGCAACUUUUGCCACGCCUUUUGCAUUGCUGUUAUGGAAGCACUUGGCAAGCUCAAGUUGGAGGUGUCAUGGGACUUGGGUCUUUAGUUGGCAAAGUCUCUGUUGAGACUUUGUGCAUUUUCCAAGUGAAAAUAGUGCGGGGCCUUAUAUAUGUUCUGAAAAGGUUGCCAGUUCAUGCUAAUAAAGAGCAGGAAGAGACAAGCCAGGUCCUCACCCAAGUUCUACGUGCAGUAAAUAAUGUUGAUGAGGCAAAUAAUGACAACCGUCGACAGAGUUUCCAGGGCGUGGUUGAAUUUCUAGCCUUGGAGCUUUUCAACCCAAAUGCAUCUAUUGUUGUUAGAAAGACCGUGCAGUCAUGCUUGGCUCUUUUAGCUAGCAGGACUGGCAGUGAGGUUUCGGAGUUGCUUGAGCCUCUUUAUCCACCUCUUCUUCAGCCUCUAAUAAUGAGGCCACUUCGUACCAAAAAUGUUGAGCAACAGGUUGGAACAGUUUCUGCUUUGAACUUUUGCCUUGCAUUAAGACCUCCUCUUCUCAAAUUAACCCCAGAAUUAGUGAACUUUUUGCAAGAAGCAUUGCAAAUCGCUGAGGCUGAUGAGACCGUGUGGGUUGCAAAGCCUUUGAACCCUAAGGUAGUCACCACAUUAAACAAGCUCCGUACAGCAUGCAUCGAACUUCUUUGCACUGCAAUGGCUUGGGCAGAUCUCAAAACUCCAAAUCAUACAGAGUUGCGUGCUAAAAUCAUUACUAUGUUUUUUAAGUCUCUGACUUGUCGGACGCCGGAGAUUGUCUCUGUUGCAAAGGAAGGGCUUCGUCAGGUUGUUCAACAACAAAGAUUGCCCAAGGAACUUCUUCAGGGCAGCUUGAGACCUAUAUUGGUUAAUUUGGCACAUACGAAAAGUCUUACUAUGCCUUUAUUACAAGGUCUAGCUCGCCUUCUUGAACUUCUGUCGAACUGGUUCAAUAUCCAGUUGGGUGUCAAGUUAUUGGAUCACUUAAGGAAAUGGCUGGAACCAGAAAAGCUUGCUCAAACUCAGAAGUCCUGGAAAGCUGGGGAUGAGCCAAAGGUUGCAGCAGCCAUGAUUGAGCUCUUCCAUCUCCUCCCUCAGGCUGCAGUGAAAUUCCUAGAUGAACUUGUAACUAUAAUUGUUGAUUUGGAAGGAGCACUUCCUCCAGGGCAAUUUUAUAGUGAAAUUAAUAGUCCAUAUCGGCUUCCUCUUGCCAAGUAUUUGAACCGUUAUGCAACAGAUGCUGUGGAUUAUUUCCUUGACAAAUUAAGCAAUCCAAAAUAUUUCAGAAGGUUUAUGUAUAUAAUCUGUUCAGAUAUUGGACAACCUUUAAGAGAAGAACUUUCUAAGUUACCACAUAAGAUACUUGGGAAUGCUUUUCCCCAAUUUAUUCAGCAGUCAGAUGGGACUAUUACUCAAUCUUCAGCCUCUUUAAUUACCAAUGAAGGUCUUACUCCAGACAGUUCUAGUAAUCCAUCUUUACCUGUGUACUCCGAUGGUUAUUUUCAUGGAUUGGAGCUUAUUUCGACUCUAGUCAAGUUGAUGCCAGAUUGGCUGCAUGAAAAUCGGAUUGUAUUCGAUACAUUACUCCUUGUCUGGAAGUCACCAGCAAGGAUUGCUCGUUUGCAAAACGAACAAGUUUUGAGCUUACUCCAGGUAAAGGAAAGCAAGCAGCUUGUUAAGUGUUUUCUGAAUUACUUGAGGCAUGAUAAAUCUGAAGUUGGUGUACUCUUUGAUAUGCUGUCAAUUUUCUUAUUCCGAACUCGCAUUGACUUUACCUUUUUGAAGGAAUUUUAUAUAAUUGAGGUGGCAGAAGGUUAUGCUCCCAACUUAAAGAAAGCGAUUCUUCUGCAUUUCUUGAAUGUCUUCCAGUCAAAACAAUUUGGUCAAGAUCACCUGGUCAUUGCUAUGCAAAUUCUCAUCCUUCCAAUGUUGGCACACUCUUUUCAAAAUGGUCACAGUUGGGAAGUUGUGGACCAGUCAAUAAUAAAAACCAUUGUCGAUAAACUUCUUGACCCGCCAGAGGAGAUUAGUGCUGAAUACGAUGAGCCUUUGAGGAUAGAACUUCUACAGCUUGCUACAUUGCUGUUGAAGUACCUACAGAAUGAUCUUGUUCAACAUCGCAAAGAGCUUAUAAAAUUUGGUUGGAAUCAUCUUAAGCGCGAGGAUAAUUCCAGCAAACAAUGGGCAUUUGUGAAUGUAUGCCACUUCCUAGAAGCCUAUCAAGCUCCUGAAAAAAUUAUCCUUCAGGUUUUCAUUGCCUUGCUGCGAACUUGUCAACCAGAAAAUAAGCUUCUAGUUAAACAAGCCCUUGACAUACUAAUGCCUGCACUUCCUCGGAGGCUACCACCAGGAGAAAGUCGUGUACCAAUAUGGAUUCGUUAUACCAAGAAAAUACUUGUUGAAGAAGGUCAUUCAAUUCCUAAUAUGAUACACAUCUUUCAGCUGAUUGUUCGUCAUGCGGAUCUCUUUUAUAGCUGCCGAGCACAAUUUGUUCCUCAGAUGGUAAACUCCUUAAGUCGGCUAGGUCUGCCAUUUAACAGUCCUGAAAACAGACGCCUUGCUAUUGAACUUGCUGGCUUAGUUGUUGCUUGGGAAAGGCAAAGACAAAAUGAAAUGAAAGUUGCGCCAGGUUCUGAAGGUUAUAACCAGACAGGUGAUUCAUUGAAUGCUGUUGCUAUAGUUGCUGACUCAAAGUGCCCAUCAGAUACUUCUGUAUUUCCUGAUGACAUAAGCAAGCGAGUGAAGGUUGAACCAGGACUCCAGUCUCUUUAUGUCGUGUCACCUGGUGGAGCAUCAAUACCAAGCAUCGAGACACCUGGAACUGCUGGCCAAUCUGAUGAAGAAUAUAAACCAAAUGCAGCAAUGGAAGAAAUGAUAAUUACAUUUCUUAUUAGGGUUGCUUUGGUGAUAGAAUCUAAGGAUAAAGAAUCAACUUCUAUGUAUAAACAAACUCUGGAGUUACUGACUCAAGCUUUGGAGGUGUGGCCAAAUGCGAAUGUUAAGUUCAACUAUCUAGAAAAGUUGCUUGGACAACUUCCAUCUCCACAGGCUCCUCAAUCCAAAGAUCCAGCAACAGCUCUUGCACAGGGGCUUGAUGUCAUGAACAAGGUCUUGGAGAAGCAGCCACGUAUAUUCAUCCGCAACAACAUAAAUCAUAUCUCACAGAUAUUGGAGCCUUGCUUCAACAGUAAAACAUUGGAUGUUGGAAAAUCUCUUUGUACCUUGCUCAAAAUGGUAUUUACUACCUUUUCACUUGAAGCGUCUGGUACACCACAGGAGGUUAAGUUACUAUAUCAAAGGGCUGGAGAGCUUGUACAGAAACAUCUAGCAGCAGUCACAGCUCCUCAAAUAUCUCUGGAGACUAGCAAUGCUAACUCAAUGAUUACUUUUGCUCUCCUUGUUGUUAAGACUUUGACUGAAGUUCAGAAGAACUUUAUUGAUCCAUUCAUUCCUAUGCUGCUUCGUGUACUUCAGCGUUUAGCACGAGAUAUGGGAAGCUCUUCUGGUUCGCAUAUCAGACAAGGACAACGGGCAGAGGUUGAUCCAUUAAUCAAUGCACGUUCAGCAGUCGACUCAUCUUCUGCCAUUUCAAACAUAAAAUGUCUCUUGAACCUUGUAACUGAAAGAGUCAUGCAGUCACAUGAGUGUAAAAGGUUAAUAUGUCAAAUUCUGCAAGCUCUGCUUUCUGAGAAGGCUACAGAUUGCAGUGUGCUUUUGUGUGUCCUUGACACGGUGAAGGUGUGGAUUGAAGAUGAUUACAAAUAUUCCUCUUCUAGUGCAUCAAGUUCAGCUCUAACUCAAAAGGAGAUAGUUUCCUAUAUGCAAAAGCUAUCAUUAGUUGAAUGGAAAAAAUUUCCUGCAGCUUCACAAGAAGAAUGGCAUGGAAAAUAUUUACAACUUCUCUAUGAACUUUGUGCAGACUCGAAAAAGUAUCCUUUGCUCCUUUGCCAGGAAGUGUUCCAGAAGGUUGAAAGGCAGUUUAUGUUAGGUCUAAGAGCCAAAGAUCCAGUAGUUAGACAAAGAUUUUUCAUGCUGUAUCAUGAAUCACUUCCUAAAUCUCUUUUUAGCAGAUUGCAUUUUAUCAUCCAAAAUCAGGACUGGGAAGCUGCAAGUGAUGUUUUUUGGCUAAAACAGGCCCUUGACCUUCUGUUGGCGAUCUUAGUAGAGAAAGAGCCCAUCAUGCUAGCACCAAAUUCAGCACGUGUACCACCAGUAAUGGCAUCAGGAAGUUUUCCUGAGAUGUAUAACGUCCAGCACACAUCUGAUUCGUCAGAUUGUACAGAUGGAGGUUCCCUUACUUUUGACUCUCUUGUGUCUAGACAUGCACAUUUUUUGUCUGAAAUGUGUAGACUUCAGGUGGCUGAUCUUGUCACCCCCCUGAGAGAACUGUCUUAUGCGGAUGCUAAUGUUGCAUAUCACAUGUGGGUUUUAAUAUUCCCCAUUGUCUGGGUGACUUUACAGAAAGAUGAACAAGUUGCACUUGCCAAACCAAUGAUAACUCUGUUGUCAAAGGAUUACCACAAAAAGCAGCAAGGUAGUAGACCUAAUGUUGUGCAAGCCCUACUUGAAGGGCUUCAUCUGAGCCACCCACAACCAAGGAUGCCGAGUGAGCUUAUCAAAUAUAUUGGAAAAACUUAUAAUGCUUGGCAUAUUUCAUUAGCUUUAUUAGAGAGUCAUGUCAUGCUGUUCAUGAAUGAGGCUAAAUGUUCUGAAUCACUGGCAGAACUAUAUCGACUUCUUAAUGAAGAAGAUAUGAGGUGUGGAUUGUGGAAAAGAAGAUCAAUUACUUCUGAAACAAGACUUGGAUUAUCACUGGUUCAACAUGGUUAUUGGCAGCGGGCACAAAAUCUUUUUCACCAGGCAAUGAUCAAAGCAACACAAGGUACAUACAACAACAUUGUUCCUAAGGCAGAGAUGUGUCUUUGGGAAGAGCAAUGGCUUUCCUGUGCUAGUCAGUUAAGUCAAUGGGAUGCCUUGGCUGAUUUUGGCAAGAGUAUAGAAAAUUAUGAAAUUCUUCUUGAUUGCCUGUGGAAGGUUCCUGACUGGACUUAUUUGAAAGAGAGUGUGAUUUCUAAGGCUCAAGUAGAGGAGACCCCUAAGUAUCGUCUAGUUCAAGCCUUUUUUUCUCUUCAUGACAUGAAUGCUAGUGGUGCCAGUGAAGCUGAAAACAUCGUGGCCAAAGGAGUUGACCUUGCAUUGGAGCAAUGGUGGCAGUUGCCUGAAUUUUCUGUUCAGUCUCGAACACCUCUGUUGCAGCAGUUUCAGCAAUUAGUAGAGGUUCAAGAAUCUACAAGAAUACUUUUGGACAUUGCAAAUGGGAAUAAACAACCCUCGGGAAGUUCAGGUGGCAAUAUAAGCAAUAUAUACGGUGAGCUCAAAGAUAUCCUUGAGACUUGGAGACUGCGCACGCCUAAUGAAUGGGAUAACAUGUCUGUUUGGUAUGAACUACUGCAAUGGAGAAAUGAGAUGUAUAAUGUUGUGAUAGAUGCAUUCAAAGACUAUUCUCAGACCAAUCCACAACUUCAUCAUCUUGGUUAUCGUGAUAAGGCUUGGAAUGUUAAUAAACUUGCUCAUGUAGCUCGUAAGCAAGGGCUCUAUGAUGUAUGUGUAAAAAUCUUGGACAAGAUGUACGGUCUUUCUACAAUGGAAGUGCAGGAAGCAUUUGUCAAGAUAAGAGAGCAAGCAAAGGCUUACUUGGAAACAAGAGGAGAAUUAAUCAAUGGUCUUAAUUUGAUCAAUAAUACUAAUCUUGAAUAUUUUCCUGUAAAACACAAAGCAGAAAUAUUUCGCAUCAAAGGUGAUUUCUUAUUAAAAAUGAAUGACUCUGAGAAUGCUAAUCUUGCAUAUUCCAAUGCCAUAAGUCUAUUUAAGCAUUUGCCAAAAGGAUGGAUAAGUUGGGGAAACUACUGUGACAUGGUUUACAAGGAGACACGUGAUGAGUUGUGGUUAGAGUACGCUGUGAGCUGCUUCUUUCAAGGCAUAAAAUAUGGUGUUUCCAAUUCGAGCAGCCAUCUGGCACGUGUUCUAUACCUUCUUAGUUUUGAUACACCAAAUGAAUCUGUCGGGAAGGUAUUGGAUAAGUAUUUGGACCAGUUACCACAUUGGGUUUGGCUUUCUUGGAUACCACAACUUUUGCUUUCUUUACAAAGAAAUGAAGCUCCUCAUUGCAAGCUAGUUCUUAUGAAAGUCGCUCAAGUUUUUCCUCAGGCCUUGUAUUACUGGUUACGUACCUAUCUAAUGGAACGUCGUGAUGUUGCUAAUAAAUCUGAUUAUGGAAGGCUACAAUUAGCUCAGCAGCGAAUGCAACAAGUUGCAAUGGCAAAUAAUGCUGGUUCACAAAGCUUGGUUGAUGGUAAUCAACGAGGGACCUCUCAUCUCAGUGUUGCAUCAGAAAUUCAGACACAUCAAGGUUCUCUUGUUGCUAGUGUUGGCUCACAUGAUGGUGUAAAUUCUCAAGGACAAGAAUCUGAAAGAUCUGGAACUAUGGAAGGUAAUGCCAAUAGUGUGCAGGACCAAACUCCACAAAAUCCAAUUUCUGCUGAAGGUGCUCAUAUUCCUUUAAGACGCAAUGGCGGACUUGGUUGGGUGGCUUCUGUCGCAAGUGCUUUUGAUGCAGCAAAAGAUAUAAUGGAGACUCUUAGAAACAAACAUCAAAACUUGGCCAGUGAAUUAGAGGUUUUACUAUCUGAAAUUGGUUCAAGAUUUGUGCCGCUUCCUGAAGAACGGUUACUAGCAGUUGUUAAUGCGUUGCUUCAUCGUUGUUACAAGUAUCCUACAGCAACAACUGGUGAGGUGCCGCAGUCUUUGAAAAAGGAGCUUUCUGGUGUAUGCAGAGCCUGUUUUUCAGCAGACGCUGUGAACAAGCAUGUUGAAUUUGUAAGAGAGUAUAAACUAGAAUUUGAGCGAGAUCUUGAUCCAGAGAGAGCGGCAACCUUUCCUGCGACUCUCUCUGAAUUAACAGAACGUUUGAAGCAUUGGAAGAAUAUUCUUCAGAGUAAUGUUGAAGACAGGUUUCCUGCUAUCUUGAAACUUGAAGAAGAAAGUAAAGUAUUGCAUGAUUACCAUGUUGUCGAUGUAGAAAUGCCAGGACAGUAUUUCACUGACCAGGAAGUUGCACCUGAUCAUACAGUUAAGUUAGACAGGGUUGGGGCAGAUAUUCCAAUUGUGCGGAGGCAUGGAAGCAGCUGCCGCCGCUUGACACUAAUAGGAUCUGAUGGUUCCCAGCGCCAUUUCAUUGUUCAGACAUCAUUGACUCCAAAUGCUAAGAGUGAUGAGCGUAUGGUUCAGAUAUUUCGUGUACUUAACAGGAUGUUUGAUAAGCACAAGGAAUCAAGGCGCCGUCAUCUAACUAUUCAUACACCAAUAAUAAUACCUGUUUGGUCACAGGUACGAAUGGUGGAAGAUGACUUGAUGUAUAGUACAUUUCUUGAGGUCUAUGAGAUUAAUUGUGCACGCCAUAAUAGGGAGGCUGAUAUCCCCAUUACUUUAUUUAAGGAACAUCUUAACCAAGCCAUUUCGGGGCAUGUCACACCUGAAGCAGUUUUAGAGUUGCGCUUACAGGCAUAUAAUGAAAUUACAAAAAAUGUGGUGAAUGAUAACAUAUUUUCUCAAUACAUGUACAAGACUCUCCCAAGUGGCAAUCAUUUUUGGACAUUCAAGAAACAAUUUGCUGUCCAACUGGCACUCUCUUGCCUUAUAUCGUACAUGUUACAGAUUGGUGGCAGAUCUCCCAAUAAGAUUCUAUUUGCUAAAAAUACUGGCAAGAUAUUUCAAACGGAUUUUCAUCCUGCUUAUGAUGCGAAUGGAAUGAUUGAGUUCAAUGAGCCAGUACCCUUCAGAUUGACAAGAAAUAUGCAAACAUUCUUCUCUCAGUUUGGGGUGGAGGGUCUCAUUGUAUCUGCAAUUUGUGCUGCUGCUCAGUCAAUAAUCUCGCCAAAGCAAAGCCAUCAUAUAUGGCAUCAUCUUGCUAUGUUUUUUAGAGAUGAGCUUCUUUCUUGGUCAUGGAGAAGGCCCUUAGGAACUCCACCUGCCACAGUUGCUGCAGGAGGGGUCAACCAGCUGGACUUCGAGCAGAAAGUGGCGACCAAUGUUGAGAAUGUCGUUUCACGUAUUAAAUCAAUAGCGCCACAAUGUUUUCCCGAAGAGGAUGACAAUACUACUGACCUGCCACAGUCUGUACAAAGAGGUGCGACCGAUCUAGUAGAAGCAGCCUUGGAACCGAGGAAUCUUUGCAUGAUGGAUCCAACAUGGCACCCAUGGUUCUAACUUCUCUCUCUGAUAUUUCUAAUUUACGACGACAUCAGUAGGCGAGCCAAAUUUUUAGGUUAUGGGCAACAUGAGAUUAUUUUGUAAAUAUUUAGAUUUUUUUUUUUCAUCUGUAUAUAAUUUAUUCAGAAGUAUCGUUCGAUAAUUUUCUUUUUUCCCUCUUGUUUAUCUGUCGACUUUACAACUGUUAUCUAUAAACAAUUGACAUAGUCAACUUUGAGGGUUGGUUCGUGCA